CCCGACGCUCAGACCACAGUGACCCUAGAGUCCUACUGCAGGAGAAACAACCAUGGCUGACCUGUCGAGCACAUCUAUUUGGGUUAAAGUGUGUCUAAUCCUCAUUCCUUUGGGCGGAUUGCUCCAUUUAAUAGGUUACGCAUCACCAUAUUGGGUCAAAGUAGGAAUAGACCACAGUGGACUCUGGCGAACUUGUACUACAAUCUGCGUUGAUUAUCUAGACUAUCAAGAAUCGCUGGCGGGCUGGUUACGCGCGACCCAGUUCUUUGAGACAGUCGGGUUGAUCGCCAUUGCCGCAGCAGCUGUCCUUCUGUUCCUGUCAAUCUUCGUGCAGGCGUUCAAGGACAAGAAGAUCAUCACAAUCAUCAACGCCUUAGCCUGCUUCGGUGCAUGUGGAACAAUCAUCAUCGGUGCGAUCAUCUACGGCAGUCGGUAUCUCGUGGUAGACUACCUUAGCUGGGCUUUCGCGCUGUGCAUUGUGGGGGCAAUAAUGGAGGGCGUGGCAGGCGCGUUAAUCAUAGUGGGAACGUUCGCUGCCAGAAGAACAUAAGCGAUAAGACCAGCCGGAGAAGUCUAAAAGUUAUAUGUCAAAAUGAUAGAGAGGAACAUUUCAUGCCUUUGUGUUAAAGGAUAUGUGGAUAAAACAACGUGUGACUGGGAAUACGUUUAACUCUAAUAUCAAGUGUUCUGUAAAAUGUACAGUUGACUAGGAGUUACGGCAGUUUUAUGGCAUGUUUCUUGUAGACAUUUACCGGCCGAGAGCCUGCCCCGAACACAACAUUGUAUCUGUAUUUGUAUUUGUAUUUGAAGUAGUAGUAGUCGUAGUAGUGGUAGUGUUUGAAUCUUGUCAAUCACGGAAAAAGAAGAUCUCUAAUAUACUUUGCAAGUUAGCAAUUAGUUUAUGCAAGUAAAGGAAGUUGUUCUGGAAAAAUAA